AUUGGCCGGCGCCCCGCCGCCUUUGCAGCUGGGCAAGGACGAGGGUCCUCGGCCGCGGGCUGCUCCGUCCCGUCGGUUGAUCCACGCGGCCGUCCUUGCGUGAGUCCGGGCCGCCGGCUUCGCCUUCGCCAUGGCGCCCUGGCUGCAGCUGCUGUUGCUGCUGGGGCUGCUCCCCGGCGCCGCUCCGGCCCCCAACAAGCCGCGAGCGGCCGGCGCGCAGGCCUGGGAGCUGCUGGAGCCCGCCCGCUUCGCCCUGGAGAUGUACAACCGCGGCCGGGCUGCCGGGACGCGGGCCGCGCUGGGGGCCGUGCACGGUCGCGUCCGCCGGGCGGGCCGGGGGUCGCUGUAUUCCCUGAAGGCGACCCUGGUGGAGCCGCCCUGCAACGACCCCACGGUGUGUCAGCUCCCUGUGUCCAAGAAAACUCUGCUCUGCAGCUUUGAAGUCCUGGACGAGCUAGGGAAACACAUGCUACUGAGGCGGGACUGUGGCCCAGUGGAUACCAAGAUUACAGAUGACAAAAAUGAGACUUUCAGUUCGUUCCUUCCACUGUUGAACAAGGAUCCCCUGCCCCAGGACUUUUCUGUGAAGAUGGCUUCGAUUUUCAAGGAGUUUGUCACCACCUAUAACCGGACAUAUGAUACAGAGGAGGAAGCCAGGUGGCGCAUGUCCGUCUUUGCCAAUAACAUGGUGCGAGCACAGAAGAUCCAGGCCCUGGACCGUGGCACAGCUCGGUAUGGGGUCACCAAGUUCAGUGACCUUACAGAGGAGGAGUUCCGCACCAUCUACUUGAAUCCCCUCCUCAAGGAGGGGCCUGGCAAGAAGAUGCGCCUAGCCCAGUCCGUCAGCGACCUUCCUCCACCUGAGUGGGACUGGAGGCGUAAGGGGGCUGUCACCAAAGUCAAGGACCAGGGCAUGUGCGGCUCCUGCUGGGCCUUCUCAGUCACAGGCAAUGUGGAGGGCCAGUGGUUCCUAAAACGGGGGACCCUGCUCUCCCUGUCUGAGCAGGAGCUCUUGGACUGUGACAAGGUGGACAAGGCCUGCCUGGGUGGCUUGCCCUCCAACGCCUAUUCGGCCAUCAGGACGCUGGGAGGGCUGGAGACAGAGGACGACUACAGCUACCAUGGCCACUUGCAGACCUGCAGCUUCUCUGCACAGAAGGCCAAGGUCUACAUCAAUGACUCAGUGGAGCUGAGCCAGAAUGAGCAAAAGCUGGCGGCCUGGCUGGCCAAGAAGGGCCCCAUCUCCGUCGCCAUCAACGCUUUUGGCAUGCAGUUCUACCGCCACGGGAUCUCCCACCCCCUGCGGCCCCUCUGCAGCCCCUGGCUCAUCGACCACGCUGUGCUGCUUGUGGGCUAUGGCAACCGCUCUGCCACGCCCUUCUGGGCCAUCAAGAACAGCUGGGGCUCUGACUGGGGCGAGGAGGGUUACUACUACUUGCACCGUGGCUCCGGGGCCUGUGGUGUGAACGUCAUGGCCAGUUCAGCAGUGGUGGACUGAGGCGCACCAGCUCGGGACCUGGCGCUGACCAGAGCGGCCCCUUCCCCUGCCUGACCUGCCUGACCAGGCCCCUCCCCAGGAGGCACAGCUGGCUGAGGGACAGGCACCUCAGGGUGAGCAAAGGCCACUGGGCUACGGGCACAGCCCCUCCCCCCCACUCCCACCCUGAAGUUCCCCAACGGCACCUUUGCUGAAUUGUGGUAGCCAGGAGGAUCUUGGGGUGAAGAAUGAUGUCUUGGCAGCCAAAGCUGGGGCUAAAACUCUGGGCUCGCGUAAGGAGCAGGUGGGAAGAGAAUAUUCUGGUCGUAAGGCCAGCUCUGUCCUCAGUAGGCUCUGGCUUCCUGCCCCAGCUUUCCUCUGAUGCUAUAAAUUUUCUGAUCCCCCUGGAUUUGGGGACAGUGUUGCCUUCCACAUGUAGAGAAACUGUUGUAACCAACCUUUUCUAGCACAAUAAAGAGGUGUCCUGGGCCCCA